AUUGGACCUGGGGUUCGGGCAGCUGGGUUCUCCUGGUUCCGCCCAGCUGGUGCGGGGUCUAGUUCAGCGCCUGCGGAACGCGCUGUGGCAGGAUUUGAGGGGGGGGGCGGGGAGGGGCCUGCGGCUUGCGGCCCCGCCCCCUUCUCCGGCUCGCGGGCGGGCGAAUCGGCCCGCCUCCGGCUUCAGCCGGCCCUGGGGCUGCGUCCCCCAGGCAAUUCAGCCACCUCGGCCUGAGCGUCUGCCCGCAGCGUCGGCGCCGAGGCACCGGGGUACAGCCCGGUUCGGCCCCAUGGUGGGUUUCGGGGCGAACAGGCGGGCCGGCCGCCUGCCCUCCUUCGUGUUGGUGGUCCUGCUGGUGGUGAUCGCGGUCCUCGCCUUCAACUACUGGAGCAUCUCCUCCCGCCACGUCCUGCUUCAGGAGGAGGUGGCCGAGCUGCAGGGCCAGGUCCAGCGCACCGAGGUGGCUCGCGGGCGCCUGGAGAAGCGCAAUUCGGACCUCCUGCUCUUGGUGGACUCGCACAAGAAACAGAUUGACCAGAAAGAGGCCGAUUACGGCCGGCUCAGCAGCCGGCUGCAGGCCAGGGAGGGCCUGGGGAAAAGAUGCGAGGAUGACAAGGUUAAACUGCAGAACAACAUAUCAUAUCAGAUGGCAGACAUACAUCAUUUAAAGGAGCAACUCGCUGAGCUUCGUCAGGAGUUUCUUCGACAGGAAGACCAGCUCCAGGACUAUAGGAAGAACAAUACUUACCUUGUGAAGAGGUUAGAAUAUGAGAGUUUUCAGUGUGGACAACAGAUCAAGGAAUUAAGAGCACAGCAUGAAGAAAAUAUUAAAAAGUUAGCAGACCAGUUUUUGCAGGAACAAAAGCAAGAGGCCCACAAGUUUGAAUCAAAAGAUGGAAAUGAAUUGGAUAUAAACCAUCAUGCAAUACCUAAAAACAUUCCAAAAGUUGCUGAGAAUGCUGCAGGCAAGCAUGAAGAACCCUCGAGCAAUCAUAUUCCACAUGGGAAAGAACAAAUCAAACGAGGUGGUGAUGCAGGAAUGCCUGGAAUAGAAGAGAAUGACCUUGCAAAAGCUGAAGAUCUUCCCAUUGCUUUAAAGAAACCCCCUGUUUCCUUUUCUCAAUAUGAAAGUCAUCAGGUAAUCUCCCAUCUUCCAACUGGACAACCUCUCUCCCCAAAUAUGGUUCCAGAUUCUCAUGUAAACCACAAUGGAAACCCCAGAACUUCAAAACAGAACCCUUCCAAUCCUCUUCAACAUUUAAUUCCAGGCCCUAACUUGGAGAGUGAACCCAGAAUUCAAGCAGAUAUUCUAAAACAGGCUACCAAGGAUCGAGCCGGUGAUCUCCAUAAAUUGAAGCAAAAUGAUGAAGAACAAGAACUUCAAAUGGAUCCUGCAGACUAUGGAAAGCAACGUUUCAAUGAUGCCCUUUAAGCCGUAAAGGAAAACUUCAGAAAACCUAAAGUGCUGUAAAAUGGAAUCAUUUCUACUUUGUCGAUUUUGACUUUUGUUGUAAAGAUCAGUUGUAUCAGUUGUAAAGAUACAUUGAGAUAGAUUUAAGGAAAAUUUUAAAUGAAAGAAUGUACCCAUGUACAUAUGUGAACUUUUCAUAUUGUAUUAUUAAAGCAGAGACUUUGGGGUUAUGUUACAGUUGAGCCAAAAGCAAAGUAAGCAAAACUGUAAUCUUUGCAUUUAAAGCAAACUAAUGUAUAUUUUACAUUUUAUUGAGCCUAAUUCUUUCCACAAAUAGACAAACAGGAAAAAUGAUUGUACAGUUUAUAUGUUGCACAUAGCAUAACCACAAUGAGAACAAUUAUUCAACUGGAAAACGUUUUAUACACUAAUAUAUGCUUGUUAGCCCAACAGGUGUUCUGUUCUAUCCACCCCUCAUCUCAUGCUGUUCAAGGAAUCAUACCUAGAAUAGUUGCAUGAAAGAGAGGGGAACCUGGAAGCCAAACACUGGGCAGCAAUGUGCAAAAUCACUUCCCUACUCUUUUUAUUUCACAUGAGUAAUGAUGUGUUUUGGCAGAUAAGCUUUCAGCUGAGGCCUGAUGGAAGCUGAGAUAACCUGCAAAGGCAUAACAAUAUUUAUGAGUUAUACCUUACUUAGUUCAUGAAAUUGUGAAAUGCAUGAUUGAUGAUGUAUUUUCAAUUUUUAUUUUUUCAGGUAAUACCAGUACUGUUUAACCGUUACUGGCUAAAAUUUUUAUAUUUUCAGAGUUAAAGUUGGUGAAGAUAUUAAUGAUUUAAAUGCCAGAUUCUGAAAGAGGCUAAAUCAACCUUGAAAUGAAUUUGCAAUCAGUAUUUCAAAGCGUCUCUGGUAGUUUUAGUGAUCUUAUUUGACUAGACUUUUUCAGAAGUAUUAAAUAAGCAAUUUUAACAGAUUUUUAUUAAUGCACAGAUAAGUAGAAGUACAGUGAGAUCUACAGCCAUUUUAUUAAGAUAGCUUAAAAGUUUGUAAUAAAGAUGAAGAACCUUUGUAUUUACUUAAUAUGUUAGUUAAGAACCCAUAAACCUCAUAUUUGCUAGACUUACAAAAUUAUUUUAAAUGCAUUUGUCUUUUUUGACACUCUUCAGUAGAACGUGUAAGCUAGCUAAUCCUUGUUUUCUGAUUGAAAGAACUUUUAAAUCUUAUACCCCUCCCCCCAAAUAAAAGGUUUUGAUCAUGAGAAAUUUAAGCUUGUUAACUCUGUGUUUCAGAAGGGCUACUGUUAAUUGCACAUGAACAUGAGAUGCUUUUUUUCCCCCCUGUACUCAGGUUCUAGUCAAAAUUCAAACUUACAGAGAUUUAAAAAAAAAAAAAGAAGGUUGUUCACUUAUUGGAGGUGCAAAAAUUCUUAGACUUCAGUUUAAAAUUAUUUAGCAACCCAGAAAAGAUGUAGUGAUUUACUAAAAUUGUUUUUUCUGCCACAUCAGAGUUAGUAAUUCAUGGUUUUGCUGUGAGUAGAGUCAGGCCUAUAAUGAAUAGGUAUGAUAGUUCAUAGAAUUUUUUUAAGUGGAGUUAAAGGGAAUUGAUGUACACCUUUUGGAAGUUAGGGUGGGAAGAUGAAUCUAAAACAAAUUCCUAGUAAUACUUUAUAUUUAAUACUGUAAAAUCUUUACAAAUAAAAACCAUGAAAUUUCCUGCCUUAGUUCCUUUGUCAUAAAAACAAUCACUUGGUUAUAUGGUAACUAUUACUUACACAGCAAAAUUUCUUCAAUUAGCAGUCUAGACAUUUUAUAAACUGAGAAAUCUUGGAUCAAUUGAUAAUAUUUUUGACUGUAUUAACAUUUUAGUGCUAUAAAAUACUAUGUGAAUCUCUUAAAAUUCUGACAUUCUACAGUCUGUAUUAGACAUGCUGGUUUUAUAACGUUUUACUUCUGCCUUAAGAUUUACGUUUUUUAAAUGUAUUUUUGCCCUGAAUUAAGUGUUAAUUUGAUGGAAACUCUGCUUUUAAAACCAUCACUUACUGGGUUCUAAUAAAUUAAAAAUUAAACUUGU